AUGCUAAUAUGAACCUAUAAAAUGAAGAGCAGCCUCCGCACAGAUACCAGAGCCUACACUACUAUCCUGCCAGAAGUUUCUCCUUACGCCUGGAUAGAAAUGGCGCCUUGCUCCUCCAACUUCUCCUUCAUGCAACAUGCCAGGAUUUCUGAGAGGGACAACAUCAAAUUAAGAAAGCCCGUCGUGGAGAAAAUGCGUCGAGAUCGCAUCAACAGCUGCAUCGAGCAACUCAAGCUCAUCCUGGAGAAAGAAUUCCACAAGCAAGAACCCAACUCCAAGCUGGAAAAGGCUGACAUCCUGGAGAUGACUGUCAGCUUUCUGAGGCAGCAGCUGCAGCCCUCCGCCAGUAUGAGUGGCGGAGAAUACAGCCGGGGCUACUCUCACUGCUGGAGGGACUCGCUGCACUUCCUCUCAGUGGCCCCCGGCAGCACGGGGGCCUCGCUGCGGGCUGAGAUAGUCUGGAGGGACCACAGCUCCUCUCCGGGGGGUUCGCCUAGCAGAGGCCCCAGGCUGCAGGAGAGCAAUGGAGGCACAGUGGUGUGGAGGCCCUGGUAG